AGUACUUGUAGUAACAAAAAGUAGCUAAUUGGUGUCCUUAUUCAUUCUUACUCUAUAAUUUUUUAAAUAAAAACCCAUCUCUCCAAAUCUUUAGCUCUCUUCCUGCUUCUUCUUCCAUUUUGCCAAAGACCCCACAAAGCUCAAAAUCUCUCUUAGGCAAUUGAAAACCACAAGACCACACAUAGAUAAAUAUAGAAAAAAUAUGAACGGUGUCUGUGGUGGUGCUGGUCAGUAUAACAACAAUAAUAAUGCUGGUGGUGGUGUUGGUGGGCCUUGUGGUGCAUGCAAGUUUCUUAGAAGAAAGUGUGUAAGGGGAUGUGUAUUUGCACCUUAUUUUGAUUCAGAUCAAGGUACUGCUCAUUUUGCUGCUGUACAUAAGGUGUUUGGAGCUAGUAAUGCUUCUAAAUUGCUGCUUAGAAUUCCAGCACAUAAGCGUUUGGAUGCUGUUGUUACUCUAUGUUAUGAGGCACUGGCUAGAGUUAGAGAUCCUAUUUAUGGUUGUGUUGGUCACAUCUUUACUCUUCAACAACAGGUUGUAACUUUGCAAGCCGAGUUAGCAUAUGUUCAAGCCCGCCUUUCCACCUUGCACCAACUACCUAUGCCGCAACAAAGUCCAACUCAGACAGUGCUGCAGCAAUCAUCUUCAGACCUGUUCUGCAGUACUUCAAGCAUAUCAUCGACUACUAUGGAUCCACAAUUAGACAUAACAGGUUUAAGUGACUUGUUGGAUCAAGAACUAGAAAACUGUGACCUCCACACAUUAGCUCGAGAGUUCGUUUCUAGACACUUAUCUGGAGUUAGAUUCAGGCCUUCACCAUGAAGAUGUGUACCUAGCUCCAUGAUUAGCUCUAUGAAGAUGAUGAUCAUUUAACUCCCUUUUGUCUAUAUUUAACUUUGUUGAGUAUACUAAUUGUGAUUGUAUGGAUUUUGUGGAACUUCUUUCUUGAUUAGUGUAACUGAAUGUUUCUUGCUUAAGAUUUUUGUCUUUUGCCUAAGUGAGUUUUAUUCAAUUCGCCAGUGAGGCUAAUAUGAUGUUUUAAAGUAAGUAUUACACAAAAUGUAGCAUCUUGGUGUAAACUUAUUCUUGGUAUCUUCUGUACCAUAC